AUGGAGAUGGCCUCUCUUACUGCAAGUUGUGAACCAGAUGUGAUCUCAGGAGGCAAGUCUGGGACACCAUUGAUAAUGAUGGCAGGCUCUCUGGCUGCAGAUGCAUUUCUGUUCUUGCAUCUGUACUUCACCUAUGUGCCAAGAAUUGUCAUGCCAAUUGCUGUAGCCAACAGCAUCAGCAGUUCAACACAACCACCCAUCGAUCCAUGGCACAACAGAACAGUAGCACACACAAGAAGCAGCACGACACCAGCAGCUCAAGCGGGAGCAGCUAGCACACGCACGAGAGUGGAAGAGGAGCUCACCGAGGCGGCGUCCGGUGACGAUGCAGAUCCAGGUCGGCGGCCGGCCUUGGAGAGGAGGGAGGCUCAGAGGCGGUUCGUUGUCGAGGAGCGCGGCGUCCAGGGGAAGAGAGAGCACGACGGGGUAAGCAAGGGGGGCGGCGACGGCGGGAGGCGGGGGAUUGGCGACCGGCGGCUUGUGGCGGCGCUGGUGGGAAGUGGGAACGGGAAUCCCUGGCACGGAUAUGAGGCGGUGGAGAGGGGAUGCGGGAGAGGCGGCCGGAGAAGAAGAGAGGAGAUGGGCGAGGAUGGAGCUUCGCAGCCGGAGCAUGGCGGCGGCGUCGGCGACGAGGGAGACGGAGGACACAGUGGUGAGGGUGGCAAGAUGUGCAGGGUCGCGCUUGUCUUUGUCCUCGACAACUGGCUUGUUCUUGAGUAUGAAGUCGGAGCUGCGGUGUUGUGGGGCGGCAUUGCGGCAACGAUGCCAGGUGAUGGGCAGUUGGAAGGAGGGAGUACACCAUUACCCGCGGUGGUCGUCUCCUCUUGCUGCCUGCCUUGCCGCCCCGCUCCUCCCACCACGCUGCCUUGUUUCACGCGCCUGCAGCUGCGCAGGUGGAGUAUGGAAGCACAUGUCGCCGAUGCCGGGGACGGCGGCCUAGGAAGAGUUCAUCGGCCUGAAGAUGGGGAGCAGCAGCGUCACCGUGCAAGCAGGACGAGGGGGGAGCUGUACAUGUAUAACCCUGCUCCACAGCAUAUUUGGACCACGAGGGAGCUGUACAUGUAUAACCCUUCCAGGAACGAAAAGAAAAUUUUUUGGACGACCAACAACUGCAUCCUGGCGGCUCUCGGGGGUACACUUGUUGUCACCGCCAUUGUCAUCAUCGUCUCCGUCAUCCUCAGACCUGCCGACAUCAGCUUAUCCGUCACACAUGCCUCGAUCAGCAAUGGUAGUGCCGACGGUUCGAUCCAGUACGUGAACCUCACCAUUGCCGCCGCUAACGCCAGCCGGAAGCGUGCAGGGGUGCGGUACCAGAGCUUCUUUGUCGAUCUCAAUAAUAGCUCCAGCACGAUCCACGCCCUGGUCUAUUCGCCGCCGCCGAAGAAUGAGUACCUGCGGCCAGGCACGGGGUCAACAAGCGUCAAUGCGUCGGUGCUCCUACUGUCCAGUGGCACAGUCCGGGACUUUGUUGGCCGUCCGAUGAACGGCAGAGAGUUUACGGUGGUGGUGACGGCAAAGGUGCGGUUUCAGGUCGGAGGGGUACCCACCAGGCUCUACAUCAUGAACGUCUCCUGCCCUCAUGUCUUCUUCGCCGUGGAAGGGUCGUUCAACUCCAACGCCCUCGUGCUUCCAAUCGACUGCACUGCUUGAUGUUUUUUUGGUCGCUGUAUUGUCCAUGCAUGCACAUUUCAAUAUCUAGCGUAAAUGUGUCUUGGUUUUCCUUCUUCCUCCUGUCGAUGUGCAAUUCUUUAAUUUAGUUGUUUUGUUCAAUUUGAUUCAUGCCCUCAGAUUUUAUC